AUGUACUUAAUUGUACUGGAUGCGCAUAGCAAAUGGCCAGAAGUUAUUAAUUUCAAACGAAAUACGAAGGCAGACAAACUCAUCGAGGAGUUUAAAAAGCUGUUCAUUCGCUAUGGGCUCCCAUUACACUGUGUAACGGACGGCAGUCCGCAAUUUCGAAGCGAGCGUUUUGAAAAUUUCCUGAAAACCAACGGAGUAUAUCACAGUUUUUCGCCCCCGUACCACCCAGCCACAAACGGCGCGGCGGAAAAUUUUGUACAAACGUUCAAAAGUAAAGUCGAGAAAAUUGUCAAAGGGGGAGAGUCGCUGGGGGCGGCGGUGAACAGGUUCUUAUUCGACUAUCGCAGCGUUCCGCACUGCACCACAGGCAUGAGUCCCGCGUACAUGAUGUACAAGCGUGAACCGCGGACACGUUUUGAUAUAUUAAGACCCAACACCGCACAAACGGUGGAAACUCGCCAGCGAGCGCAGAUAGUGGCGAGACAGGGAAGUAGGAAGAUUAGCCUAAACGCCGGAGACGAGGUGAUGAUCGACAACUUCAGGGCCAGAGAACUGAAGCGCGUUCACGGCGAGGUAGUCAAGCCUGUAUCGCCAUCCACAUAUAUCGUUAAAAACGACCAAGGUCGGAUACAAAAGAGGCACAUUGAUCAAUUGAUCAAUUGUACGGAUAAACCGACCUUGCGUCGUUCGGCGCGGAUACAACAACUUAAACAAAAAGGGGAAGAGUUGUGA